GUUGACAAAAAGACUAGUUUUUAAAAAGACUAGCUAGAAAAAUAAGUGUUUUGCUUGAAGUCACCAUUAUGGUGUUUGCUUUAGCUGGGCAGUUAGUCUGGCUGUGCUGUGUUCCUCUCAGCGCAUCUUCUUCUGAUGUAAAUUCUGUCUUAUUCCUCUCAGCAUCUUCUUCUGAGGAAAGUUCUGUCUUAUUCUCUUCCAGAAACGAAGAAGCCGAGAUGAAAAGUCUUGCUGUUUUGUUUACAGAGGUGAUGUGGGCGUUUGGACUAUUGUAUUUUUUUUAUUUGUAGUUGGUUUUGCUAUGAAAUUGCUGCGAAAUCACAAAAGUAAAGAAAUUUACUGUAAAACCUACCAGUCAAAUUAACUCCAUGACACAAGUUAUAUCACUCAAACCUUAGUGAAAGUUCAUUGCACUUAAUAGAAAAAAUUAUGUGAACUCAGUAAAAAGAGAGUAAAUGCUGAACUUAAGUGUUUUUGCACAUAAUGAUAUAGGGGACAGUCUGAUAGUGUUUAAUGUUUUGUUGGGAUUUAAUAGGGUUUCUGUUGUAUGUUUUGGGGUUACCAUUGUGCUGAAGAGUAGAGCCUGUGUUUAAGUCAAGAAUGCCCAGACACAUGACUGCAUAGGUUACGCGUAUGGGGCUGUCAAGUGAUGAACGAACGACUCAAACCCGAAGACUCGAAACAGGUGAACUAAUUCAGUGCAGAACCUAUAGGAUGUUGCGCAUGCGCGACUGAACGAAUUACUCUCCGAGAACGACUCGUUCUUCCCGAGUCACAUUAAAGAUUCGUUCAAAAAGAACGAAUCGUUCAAGAACGACCCAUCACUAUUUUAGAUAGAAUAAAUCCUUUUGUGGGAGACUUUGAGUUUUGUAACUCAGCAGAUCUUAUACAUGCACAGACAGCUACAUAAGACACUAAACAAAAGGAAAACAAGAAAUCGCAUCAUAUGACCCCUUUAAGUUUAGGUAUUUGGUAGGAUUAGGGAUGCAGAAUAAGGUCAUGUAGAAUAAGGCAUUAAUAUGUGCUUAAUUACUACUAAUAAAUGGCAAAUAUUCUAGUAAUAUGCAUGCUAAUAAGCAACUAGUUAAGAGACCCUAAAAUACAAGCAUUCAGGCAUGAAAGAGUCUUCCGGGACAGGUCAGACCUGUUGGCCUUUGCAGACGAAUAUCUGACUGAGAGGUACAGAUUCUCAGGUGAUGGCAUCCGAUAUUUGUGUAGGCUGCUUGGUCCAAAGAUACAACACAGGGACAGUGAGAGCUGUCCCACAGAUGGUCUGAGAUUCUUAGCAAGUGGCACGUUCCUUUAUUCUGUUGGAGAUGUUGAAAACCUCAAUAAAGGCACUAUUUGCCACACGAUAAGAAAUGUUAGUCUAGCACUGAAAUCAUUUGCACACAUAUUCAUCACCUUCCCUGGCCUCAGAAGAUCCCUCCACAAGUUCUACAAGAUUGCAGUUAACAAAUUACAGAUUGCAACAAAAAAAGUGUUACAUUAGCACAGUCACAGUAGGACACUCAUUAUUUUGUGUUACAGCAUUCCCUAAUGUCAUUGGUGCAGUGGAUUGCACCCAUAUCUGUAUCAAACGACCCUCAAGGGUUAACAGGAAAUCCUUCUACAGUAUCAAUGUUCAGAUGAUCUGUGAUGCUGACUGCCAUAUCACAAAUUCAGAGGCAAAGUGGCCUGGCUCGGUCCAUGACUCCAGAGUCUUUCGUGCCAGUAGAAUUUACCAGAGACUCUCACUAGGUGAGUUCUCCGGUGUGCUGCUAGGAGACAAGGCUAUGCCCGUGAGACGUUCCUGUUGACUCCCCUUGUAGACCCCCAAACUCCAGCACAGUAGGCUUACAACCAUGCCCAUGCCAGAACAAGGGCUCAAAUCAAAAUGACCUUCGGCCUCCCGAAAUCACGAUUUCAGUGCCUGCACCACCUGAGGGUCUCCCCAGACAAGGCCUGUGACAUGACUGUGGCCUGCACAGUGCUGCACAAUAUUGCCAGCCUAAGAAAAGAAAGGGCUCCCAGAGUCGCUUUGGAAAUUGACUGGGACAAUGCUGCCAUCUUCCCAGAUAACAUAAAUUAUAGACUGGUCAGAGAACAAUAUAUAGCUAAAUAUUUCAAUUAAUUUUGUUUUGAUUUUGCCUAUCCUUUAAUAAAGGAUAAUGAAUGUCACUCUUUCAUGUGUACAUGCAUUUUAUUUGGCAUUGGUAGCACACAAUGUGUGGUUAUCUUCCCAAAUUCUAGUUCCACUUCACUGGAUCAAUAACUACAGUAUCUCACAGAAGUGAGUACACCCCUUUGUAAAUAUUUUAUUAUGUCUUUUCAUGUGACAACACUGAAGAAAUGACACCUUGCUACAAUGUAAAGUAGUGAGUGUACAGCUUGUAUAACAGUGUAAAUUUGCUGUCCCCUCAAAAUAACUCCACACACAGCCAUUAAUGUCUAAACCGCUGGCCACAAAAUUGAGUACACCCCUAAGUGAAAAUAUUAAAACUAGCUAGAAAAUGGCAAAUUUAAAUGAUAUAACUGAAUUUAUUUUCCACUAAAUGUUGCACAUAUGAAUGGGAAAAUGUACAUUUAAACACAGAAAUACAUUGUAUUGCCAUUUUGCAUAUUACAUUUCAAAUUUAGCUACACAUAUGCUUCCAUAUUUUGGAAGUGGGAGAUAUUGUCAUGUCUAGUUUAUGGAGUUGCUGAGUAUUCCCUUGUUUGUUAGUUAGUUAUCAUCCUGUGUAUUUACACUUCUGAAUUUGUUCUGUUUUGUGUUGGUUGAUCAUCUUAUUGUAGUGAUUAGUUGAUGUUCCUGUUAUCGUCCACAAGAUGGCAAUGGUAAUAAACAUAGGUAGGAGAUACAUAGGAGUAAAAACAGAACAAAGAAGUGAGAGUAAAGCUUAAGCUGAAAGCGAGGUUGUGUGCUUAAGGCUACAUGCCAGUUCAUACGUUUACUUUUCAGAGUGUUUAUUUAACGAACACCACACUCAUUAGAUGAUUUUGUUUUUUAGAAUUGUCUUCUGGUUUUGUUUCUUCACUAAGAUCCUCAACUCUUCGGAUCUCAACUGGUUCGAGAGUCACCUUAAACAUCCGCCUGGCAUGAGCAUAAGGCACUGUGUGAGAGGAAAAUGUCACUGCUAAAGCACUUGAGCUGUCAUCUCAUUUUGACACUGUCUUUAUUGACUGGAACAGAAAGUGCUCAUCAAUAUUAUUACACAAGAGAGUUAAGAUGCAUCUACAGCUCCUCUGAUCUCAGUGACAUGGUGUAUAUUGACAACUUUUAUUUAAAUAAAUUUCUAUUCGCACAGUUCAACAGUACUUUGGGGAGGUUUGUGGGAUUUAGUGAGAAUGGAAUGAAAUAUGCUGAGAACUGGAACAAUAGCACCUUUUUGCUAACAGAGAGAGCUGGUGUUGAUAUAUACUGCAGAUUUUAUAUUAAAACCAAGGACACGCCGGACCGUACUAAAGAUGUGAAACCGAUGGUUAUGCUCAGUUUAGUGAAGCAGGCCGGUGGCAGACAUCCAGCUGUGUUGAUGUGCAGCGCAUAUGAAUUUUAUCCUCGACACAUCAAAGUGUACUGGUUGAGAGAUGGUAAAGUGGUGACCUCAGAUGUGACCUCUGUAAUGGAGAUGGCUGAUGGAGAUUGGUACUAUCAGAUCCACUCUGAACUGGAAUAUACUCCCAGAUCUGGACAGAAGAUCUCCUGUGUGGUGGAGCAUGCCAGCUUCAAUAAACCCAUGAUUUAUGACUGGAAUCCGUCUCUUUCUGAGGCUGAAAGGAAUACAAUCGCCCUCGGGGCAUCUGGUCUGGUGCUGGGAAUCAUCAUAGCAGCUGCUGGACUCAUUUACUACAAGAAGAAGUCAACAGGAAGGAUGCUAGUACCUCAUUUUCUAUGGAAAAUUUCUCAAUCAAUUCUCAACUAAAAUUUAAAACAAGAAAAUCAAAGCACAAAAGUGGAUACUUUUUUUUUCCUGACAAGCACUAUAUGAAUGUAAUAUUGAUAAAAAAUCAUGUGUGAAAUAUCUAUCUAUCUAUCUAUAUAUAUAUAUAUAUAUAUAUAUAUAUAUAUAUAAUAGUGAUUAUUGCUCUCGCUAAGUUCAUCUUUUGUAUUUGUACACAAUAUUGUACCUUGUAAGAUACAAGUCUUUGUGACUAUACCUAAUAAAUAAAACAACUAUACUUAAGUAUAUAUGAUGAGUAUAUUUUACUCAUCUUUCUUUCUUUAAGGAAAACUGUUCAGAGAUUAAUUUGUCUGUCCAAUGUGUCCCCAAAUGACCCUAAUGUGGCUGACUACAAACUGUUUCUUGAUUUUCAUGUUCUAUAUGUACAUAUGGUCCAACGUGUUUCUUUAGAAACUGUGUAAAAUUUUAUUCAAGGUAUAGAUAAUAUUAGUUUUUUAACCACUUCAUCUUUUAUUAUAAGUCAUUUUUAGACUUAUAAUAGGCAUUAAAAACUUACCAGUC